CGCUCAUUCAUCACUCAUGCUGCGCGACCCAACUACCGUCUCACUGCAACUCCCUCGGCUGCCGCUGCUGCCGCUUCUGCUGAGUUUGCAGGCAAGCCACCCUCUGUUUAACGAGCUGCUACUGCCAAGGCUGGUGUUCGCGAGCUUCGUCGUCGUGAUGAUGAGGAAGACCAUAUGGUUUAACCGAAUCAGAACUUGGGUCUCCAAGAAUGCGAGGACCACGAUGACAGUUGGCGCUACAGACAGGGGCCCUGAGCACCGGUACCGAGUCAAACAUAGCUUUAUACUAUGUGGCCACCGCUCGGCAGACGAACUGGCCUCCGGGUCUUGUCAAGCCACAUGUCGACUUGAAGACCGGUCGGUACACCCUCCUUUCUGGAACUAUAGCCACAACUUCCAGAAGGAGCCCGCCAAGGUAAACUUCCACGAGAAUUUCCUCGGCCUUGCCCGUGCAUACAAGGAAUGCGAAUUCGAUGGUGAAGUUGCACGUCUCGUCGAAACUCUUCAAGAUGUCCCUGCUGGCUAUGCGUUCUGCACUGGCGGUCUCGGUUCCGGAAAGACUACCACUGUGCACAAUAUUGUCAAAGCCAUCCUUUUUGGCACUGUUGAGAAUAUCGAUAUCUCUGACCCUGAUGCCGAGCAAUGGGAAACUUCUGAAGCUCCUGCUGAUGCGAUCCCUCAAUAUGAAGUCGUGCCCACUCCAAGUGGUGCCAACCUUGAGUGCGGAAUGUAUGCCAUCGUCAAGAGCAUGUCCCACCAGUUGCCCGAUCAUGCACCGUCAAUCGACGACCUACGCGAUCUUCUCAAUGGUCCAGAAAUGACUGAGAGAAUGGCACCACUCUUUGACAUCGGCCAGUCGAACUUGACAGCUGACCAGAUCGCUGCAGUGCUCCAACUUUGGGGUGACCAACGUGGUAUCGUGCUCCGACUGAAUGUCAUCGUCGAGGGAGACCAAUUGCAGGUGAUCUUUCCUACCGAUGAUUGCACCACCAUUUGGAUCCACAACGACAACGCUGUAGAGUUGUCCGGCACUGACUUCAACCACUACUCUGGCGUGAAGCUGGCCGCUGCAACCUCACCUUCUACGGAACUUGAUUUGGCCCAGCAAGUUCUGCAGAGCCUUACUCACAUCCAAGGCAUGGUCAGUGUCCCAGCACUUGAUGUGGAUGAAGAAGCACCUGCUCCCCUUACAGAGUACGAAGAGCCCGAGCUUGGCGAGUACAAAAAAGCAGAAGGCUUUGUAUCUGCCAAGGAUACCGCUGGUAACUCAUUUGACCAGAGCUCCAACAAGCCCAGAGUUGCCUGGAUUGCCGCCCAGAACAAGGUCGUUGAUGAUGCGGCUCAUUGCGCAUUUCUGCAGUGCCUAACCCGUCAGUUCAGGGUGGAGUAAAAACAUGAUAAAAGAUUUAUGAUAAAACUGUCCUAAAGUGAUCCUAAUGGUACCUAAGACUACCCUAAGACCACCAUAAGUUUAUAGCGUUUAGAAGAGCUUAU